AUGUUUGGUUUCGUUCUCUUUUCCCAGUGUUUCUCUCGUGAUUUGAGAACACUUCAUGUCAAAGAAUCCGGUCUCGGUGAUUGUAUAUCGAGUGCUUGCGAUUUUGACACUGCUUCUCACACAUUAAGAAAUGGAGAUACAGUAUUUUUCGAUCAGGAUAAGAUUGAAAUUACAAGUUACCCAUCAGCAUUCUCAGACUUACUCCAUACAGCUAUGUUUAUGAAUGUAACCUUCAUUUCUGAAAGCGGAAAAACAGAAAUCAACGGCCGUUUCAUGGCAGGUGAGCAACUCUUCGAUAUUCACUCAGCAUCUCGUUAUUGCUGGGCCAGAUUUGUUGGUUUCACGUUUACUCAUUUCGAAAAGAAAGUUUUAACACGUACAAUGACAGAAAAUCAAUGGCCACUCAUUAACUUCAAGGAGUGCACAUUUACAGAAAACAAUGACGACAUUAUCGAUGUUAAUGGCGGAACAUUUCAAUUCGAUAAUUGUUUAUUUACAAGCAACCGCAAGCGUCCAAUCAAAGCCGUUAAAGAAGCUAUGAUCGAGUGCAACGAUUGCAAGUUUACGAAGUCUGAAUCCUGCUUCUUCUCAGAUUGCGAUGUUAUUCUUAACAAUUGCCAAUUUACAGACAACUUUGGCAGCCGUGGUGGUGCCAUUUACGCAGCAUCUGCAACAUUGACGAUCAGAGGUUGCAAAUUUAUCCGUAAUACAGCAAGAAUUAACGGCGGCGCCAUUUAUACACGUCUUUCUAUUUCUGAUUUGGCAUCUGAUAUCAAGGAUUGCGUUUUCAUCAGCAAUACAGCUAGGGAAAACGGAACAGCAGUUUAUACCUAUCUUUCUGACAUGUUAUUAGAGAAUAAUUGCUUCAGUGGCGAUGAGUCCUCUGAAUACGUUCAAAACCAGUCCAACAACAAGCUCGUAAAUAAUGAAUUUAAGAGCCAAUGCACAAAACAGCUCGAAUACGAGCCUCCAAGGGAUGAUUACGCUCCUCUUGAGCCAAAUCCAAAGUAUGAUAUUGAUGUUGAUGUUGGUCCUAAUGUUGGUAUUGAACUUUAA